GCCAUCGGUUGUGAACAGUAAAACGCACGAAUGCCACUCACGUAUUCGAGAUUCGCUAUUUUGAUUUUACUGAAAAGUAUAGUUUUUGGUAAUGGCACGCCGAACAGCACUACUCCGACUGCAACGAAAGCAAUUUUGGAUCUGAAACGUAGAAACGAUCUAGUCGACGAAGCAUUUCUGGAACAAAAGGAUAUUUUAUUGGAUAUGUUGGAAGCUAAGCUAAAAGAGGUACGUGACAAAAAGAAGAAAAAAAGUGAUCAGGAAGAAAAUGGAACAAUUGGGGAGUCCAGUAAAUGUGAAUUAUUGCCGGCCGAUGUGGAUUUAAAAUUGCAGGCUAAUGGAAUUGUAGCUGUAGGUGAAACAGAUGUGCAACUAAAAUUUGGAAAUUCCGGUAGUAGUAACUUGCAUUUGAAUUCAUCUGGAAUUUCCAAUGUUGGGAAAGCUAACCUUGAAUUAGAUCUCGGUGAUGGUACUGUAAACAUACCCGGACUUAGGAAUUUAUUUUUGGGUUCAACAUUCGUUCGAGGCCCAUGUGAAAGCCGUAAUGUAACCGAACCUAAAAUAGAUAAUCCACCAGUUUCACCACCCAAAGAUACUCUAAACGAUGACCAACUUAUAACAUUCCGUCGAAGUAUGGAUAGUAAUAUAGUAAAUUCAAUACCUUCAAUUGAAUCACCAAUUACAGAACCAAUACCCAAUAACGCCAGUGCUGCGUAACCAAA